AUUAACAAUUACAUGAAGAUCAUCUUGUUAAUACUAUUGAGCCAGUUAUUAUUGGUUCAUUCUUAAGAGUCUGAAGAUAUUAUAGGAUAUAUGUAUGUAUUUGCAUAGGAAUGGCCUGGAUCAAUUUGUAAAUUUUAAAAGUGUACCAAAACCUAUAUGGGUAACUAUGAUAAUGCAAGAUGGAAUAAUCAUGGACUAUGGCCUAAUACUAUGUUAUCUACAUCAUGUGGAUUUAUAUAAAAUUGUAGAGAUGAAACAUAUGAUGAAAAUAAAUUAACUGUAGCUACUAAAACAUUGAUAGAUGUUACAUGGAAUGGGAUGUAUUCAGAUACAUUUACAUUCAGAAAGUAAACUAUUUAUAUAUUUAUAUUAGACAUGAAUGGGAAAAACAUGGUACGUGUCAUCCAGAUAAUUUAACAUAAAAUGGAUAUAUGUCUAAAGUUGGUAAUUUAAACAACCAAUAUAAUUACUAUAAAAUAUUGGCAUCAGUUGGAAUCUAUCCUGAUAAUGAAAGACAAUUGACUGAUACUGAAUUCAGAGCUCCAUUUACUAAAACAUUAGGUAUUUCUACCGCCAUGACUUAUACUUGUUAAAAAGAUUGUAUUUUCCUUUUAUUUAAUUUAGCAAACACUGGAAAGUUUUAUAUUGCUGAAGUUAGAACAUGUUUUACUUAAGCUAUGAAACCUAGAACUUGUGAUUGCAGUAAACCAGUUAGCGCAUUUGUCACUUGUGGUAAAACAUUUUAUUAUCCAACAUUUUCAUUAUCUGAAUAACAAUAAGUUCAAUUUGAAGAAAUCCCUGAUUUGACUGAUGCAUUUUUAUAAUGA